UCGGCCGGUGCACGCGCACGCCCGCGCCUUUCUCAGUACUCUUCGAUCGGAUGGAGUGGGUGCUCGCAGAGGCGCUGCUUGCGCAAAGCCAGGACCCCCGGGUCCUGCUUGGGAGUCUGUGCCGAGGGGAGGCAUCGGCGGAGCGCGUGGAGACGCUGCGCUUCCUCCUGCAGCGGCUCGAGGACGCGGGCCCAAGUCUCUUUUGGUGGUCUGAGAAGAAAAAAGAUGAGCUUCUAAAAUUUUGGGAAAAUUAUAUUUUAAUUAUGGAAACGCUUGAAGGGAAUCAGAUACAUGUUAUAAAGCCAGUCUUACCAAAGCUAAACAAUCUGUUUGAAUAUGCAGUGUCAGAGGAAAAUGGCUGUUGGCUUUUCCACCCGUCCUGGCAUUUGUGUAUUUAUAAAAGAAUGUUUGAAAGUGAGAAUAAAAUUCUGACCAAAGAAGGUGUCAUCCAUUUUUUGGAGCUGUAUGAAACAACAGCUGUUCCAUUUUCACCGGAAUUUUCUGAGUUUAUCAUUGGACCAUUAAUGGAUACUCUUUCAGAGAGCUCAUUGUAUAGCAGGUCCUCAGGCCAGCCUAUAGGAAGUGGUUCUCCAUUGGGAUUAAAAUUAGAGAAGUUUUUAGUCACUUACGUUUCUCUUCUUCCGGAGGAAAUGAAAAGUAAUUUCCUAUUGAAGUUUCUUCAGAAGAUGAGUAACAGACAUUGGUGUGCUGUUCCCAUUUUGUUCCUGUCUAAGGCAUUGGCAAAUGUCCCAAGAUGUAAGGCCCUGGGUCUAGAAGGGCUUCUUGCUCUCAGGGACGUCAUCCAGUGUACUAUGAUCACACAUCAGAUUCUGUUGAGAGGGGCAGCGCAGUGCUUCCUUCUUCAAACAGCGAUGCAUUUGGUGGAUGUGGAGAAAGUGUCGCUGUCUGAUGUCUCUACUUUUCUCACAUCUCUGAAACAAGAGGAGUGUUUAGGGCGAGGAACUGCCUUGUGGACAGAGCUCUGCAAUUGGCUGCGUGUCAACGAAAGGUGUUUCAGGCCAACCUCUAUUUGCGGCCCUGACGGAUUUCCAGAGACAUCUCUGAAUGUUUAUGUGAAGAACCUGGUCCAGGAGUAUAUUAAGUCACCUGCUUGGGAAACAGGAGAAAGCUGUUUUAUGCCUGACUGGUCUGAGGCCAGGCUGACUGCUCUGAUGAUCUUGGUAGCUGUGGACGUGGACGGAAUGAAGACUGAGUACAGUGAAAAGCGGAGAACACAGAAUGUGUUGAGGAUGUUCCUAGACCCCCUUCUGGAUGCCCUGGGGAAGCUGGGAACCAAUGCCUACAUGCCCUUGCUGAGGACCGACAGAUGCCUGCAGCUGCUGGUGAAGUUGUUGCACACUUGCGUGUUGAAAAGUUCUGGCCCCCAAGAUGAUGAGGUAUCUGCUCUUCUCCAGAGUGCCGCCAUGUCUGCCGCUGAGAGUAUUUGUCAGUUUGUCCUCAGAAGACUGACCAUGCGUGAGCUUCAGACUGUUGCAGAUCUGGAUCGUUGCCAUUUAUACCUCACGCUGUUAACUGAGCUCACAAACCUCCAUCUGAAGGUGGGGUGGAAAAGGGGCAACUCCAUCUGCAGAGUUCUUCCUCCUUUGAAAAAUGCAUCUAUGCGGCAUCUUCAAGAGAUGGAAAGUGGACAGGAGCCGACUCUUGGUGAUCAGAUCCAGAGGGUAGUCAGUAUGGCCACUUUGGCCACAGUAUAUGAGGCCGGUGCCCUGCAGCCUGCGUCAGAGCUGGAUUCCCUCGAUGCUGAGCCCAUGGACAGGUUUCUAUCUGCUUUUCCAUUUAAUCAGACGCUAGAGAAGCCCCGUGCCAAGGAGCAGGGCCACUGUGCUCACCCCAUGGAGAGCAGCAGUUUCUUUGAAGAGUCAUCCUCCCAAGGAUGGGGGAGAGUGGUUGCACAGUACAUCCAUGAUCAGUGGGUCUGUCUCUCCUUCCUGUUGGAAAAAUACCACUCCCUGGUUCCGGCCGCACAUGGCACCGUUCCAGAGCCCUUGCUGCCCGCCAUCCAGAUGCCAGCUCAGACUCUGCGAUCUGCACUGGACGCCCUUUCCAUCCUCCCUUCUGAGCAGGUCCUGCCCGUGUUCCGUUGCAUGAAGGUGCUGGUCCCCAAGCUCCUGACAUCCGCUGAAUCACUCUGUAUAGAGUCUUUUGACAUGGCCUGGAACAUUAUAUCUUCUUUAAGCAACACUCAGCUAACAUUCUGGCCUAAUUUAAAGGCUUUUGUUCAGUUUGUUUUUGAUAACAAAGUUCUCACCAUUGCUGCCAAAAUCAAGAGCCAGGCGUAUUUCAAAAUAAAAGAGAUUAUGUAUAAGAUAAUCGAAAUGUCUGCCAUAAAAACUGGAGUCUUCAAUACACUGAUUAGUUACUGCUGCCAGUCUUGGAUAGUGUCUGACUCCAAGGGAUCUUUAUCCAGUGCCAAAAAUUACAGUGAACUUGUCCUGGAGGCUUGUAUAUUUGGAACCGUGUUUAGGCGCGAUCAGAGACUUAUUCAGGACAUACAAACCUUCAUAGAAAAUCUUGGACAGGAAUGUGCAGCAAAUGUCAUUAUGGAAAAUACUAAAAGAGAAGACUAUUACGUGAGAAUCUGUGCUGUCAAAUUCUUGUGUUUAUUAGAUGGCUCAAACGCAUCCCACAAGUUGUUUGCAGAAGAUAUUGCAGUGAAGCUAUUGGAUAAAGAUGAGUUGGUUUUCAAGACCAGAACUCGCUACUACGAGAAUUCUCUCCAGCACCGCGUGAAGAACCGGAUAUGGCAGACUCUGCUCAUACUUUUUCCCAGCUUUGACCAGAAUUUCUUGAAUGGAAUUAUUGACAAGAUUUUUCAUGCUGGUUUCACCAACAAUCAAGCUUCCAUAAAAUAUUUUAUAGAAUGGAUUAUUAUAUUAAUUCUUCAUAAAUUCCCUCAAUUUCUUCCAAAGUUCUGGGAUUGCUUUUCUUAUGGUGAAGAAAAACUUAAAACAAGCAUUUGUACAUUUUUAUCAGUUUUGUCCCAUUUUGGCAUCAUCAUUCAAAAUAUUCCAGACAAGACCCCACUUCUGAAGCAGGCCGUCCUCAUCGCACUGCAGUGGUGUCUCAGCCACAACUUCAGUGUUCGGCUGUAUGCUCUUGUCGCUCUGAAGAAAGUCUGGGACGUAUGCAAAGCACUAGGUGUUGAAGAGUGUAAUGCGUGGACCACUGUCAUCGAGCGCAGUCUCAGCCAAGCAGAGAGCAUGCAGGGAACAGGGAAUGCCAAGAAGAAUUGGCAACGCAUCCAAGAGCAUUUCUUUUUUGCAGCAUUUCAUCCACUGGAGGAUUACUGUCUGGAGACGAUAUUUUACAUCCUUCCACGGCUUUCAGGCGUGAUCGAAGAGGAAUGGGUUGCUGCUGGUAAAUUUGCCAGCUUCACAGACAUCCCUUGUAACACAGGAUCCCAGUGGUACUUCUCCCACACUCCGCUUAGGGAGCUCAGUCCGGGGGACUGGUCUCAGCAGGACGUAGGUUCUAACAUGGGUGAAGCAGCCAGCCAGUCAGAGUGGGUUGAUGUCCAGAAAAAGAUCAUCCCUUGGAGACACGAGGGCCCCAGUGCAGACCUGGGGCUUGAAUUUCAGGAUCGUGCGGCUAGACUCGGAAAGUCAGUUAGUAGACUGAUUGUGGUGGCCUCACUCAUCGACAAACCAACCAAUUUAGGAGGCUUGUGCCGGACCUGUGAGGUGUUUGGAGCUGCAGCACUUGUCCUGGGCAAUCUGCAGUGUGUCAGUGACAAGCAGUUUCAGCACCUCAGUGUCUCUGCAGAACAGUGGCUUCCUCUGGUGGAAGUGAAACCAGCUCAGCUAAUUGAUUAUCUGCAGCUGAAGAAAGCAGAAGGUUACACUGUCAUUGGGGUGGAGCAGACAGCCAGAAGUUCUGACCUGGCCCAGUACUGCUUUCCUGAGAAGUCGCUCCUCCUGCUGGGCAAUGAACGUGAAGGAAUUCCAGCAAACCUGAUGCAGCAUUUGGAUGUGUGUGUGGAGAUCCCGCAGCAGGGCGUCAUCCGCUCACUGAACGUGCACGUGAGCGGAGCUCUGCUCAUCUGGGAGUACACCAGGCAGCAGCUGCUCAAGCGUGCAGACCCGUCCUGACGCUCGUGCCGUACCUGAGAUGAGUCAUGGUGCUACUGAGACUGCUUUUUACAACUCUGUGGACUAAUGAAAUAGAUUCUGAAAUUUACUGGGAUGAUUUGUAUUGUUUUCUUGCAUUUUAAUGCCAAAACUUUCUCCUGUGCCUUAAAAAGAUGACUAUAUAUUGUGAUAAACACUUAGGGCUAAAUUGUGUUAUUGCUUCUUUAAUAAAAUGUUUUAAGCAGUUUUUGA